AUGCCCGUCCGCGCUGCCGCCGCCGCCCCUGCGCCGGCGCCGGCGCCCGCCGAUCCCCUCUUCAGCCGUGUCGACAUUCUCCACCCCGCCGUGGCCACUGCGCUCCGCCCAGUCCUCUCGCGCGCCUUCAAGGGCCACGACCGCGACUGCACGGAGCUCGCCAUCUAUCUCGGCACCGAGGGCGUCAUGCCCGCCAUCGUGACGAACGGGUGCAAGGAGAGCGCGCGCGCCGGCGUGCCGUGCAUUGUGCCCACGCUCUCCGCCGACUGGGACGAGCAGCUGUGCUUUCCCCUUACUCGCUGCGUCCACUGCGUGCUCAACGACCACGCCUGCGACCUCCUCGCCACCGGCCUCCACAUGCUCAUUCCCUGCCCGUGCGAAUGGCUCAUCCCCACCGGCGACCGCCACCACGUCGAGCAGCGUAACCGCAUGGUGUACUCGCGUCACGAGCAGAUGGCGCUCCCGUUCAAGAAGCGUCGCGAGGCGGACGAGUACCUCGAGGUUAUGCGUUUCACCAACGAGCUCGACUUGUGGUUCCUCGAUCGCGUCCGUACCGCGCACACUCUCGACAGAGGCGAAAUCCAGCAGGUGCUCGACACCGAGGGCGAGUUUAUCGGCCCCAACUGGGUCAUCCCGCCCACGCACCAGUGGCAUGUGUGCCCUUGCUUCCCGGCCGCCUGCGACAUCUCCAACCACCCGGUCCUCGGCCCGCUCGCGGUGUACGACGCCGACUCGGAGAGCUGUGACGCCGAGACCGACGACGGCGAGAGCCAUGACGGCGAGACGGAGGUCUCGGGCCACUCGCACCACCACAGCGACUGUUCGCACGGCCACUUUGCGUCGUCCGAAAUGAAGGAGGCCAGCGGCCGUGUCACGCCGGUGACGGGCAACGGCCACGGGCAUGUCCUUGGCGAUGACCACGUCCACGCUCACGGCCAUGUCCACGGCGAUGGCUGCCUCCAUACCGGUUCGGCAGACCGCAAGGCUUCCCCCCCUUCGAUUGCGUCGACCACCUCGCUCGUCGACGUCGCCGAGGUCAGCGUCGCGCUCACCCACGUGAUUACAGAGGCCAAGGCCGUUCUUGUCAUCCCUGUUGAGGAGGGGCAGUGCUGUGGUCAGUGGUAA